AUGGCCCAGGAGGGCCGUGGAAAUGUGGAUGCGGCGGCGCCCGCCAAGCCCCCGGUCGCUCAGCUGUCCAACCGCCCAGCCAAUGCCGAAGCUCCCCUUGCGGGGGUACGGGGAAUAUUGGUUGGGGUAGAGGAGAAGCUGAGGAGGGCCGGUGCGGGGGAGGGGCCUGUGAUCCACUUGGACUUUUGGUGCGGCACUGCUGGCAAGAAUCGCAAAUUUUGA